AGCGCAAAACAAGGCUCGCGUGCGGAGUGAAGCGGAAAAAAAGUGAGACAGAGAAGAGCUGGGAUGCUCGUCUUCUGAUGGAGCGCUCUCGAGCUGUGAAGGGUCCAGAUAUCAGCGCUCACCUGGCUGGUACCAAGAAGGUUCAGCAAGUGCUCGCCAGACCUGGAGUCCUGGAGAGGUUCUUCCCGGACCAGCCUCAAGCUGUGCAGCAGAUCCGAGCGACAUUGGCUGACCUCUACACUCCAGACAUGGGUGCAGAGAGGGACAAAACAGUAUCAAUGGCCUUGGCAGCAGCAGAACGGUUUGUCUUGAAGCCUCAGCGAGAAGGAGGAGUAUUCCUUUUCUCCAAGGAAGGAGAAAAGGUAUGUAUCAGGUUGCUGAGAAGAAAGAUGGAGGUGGAAAGGAUGUGCAAGCUAUGGGACAAAGUUGCUGAGACCAGGUUAAACAGAGGUGACGAUCAGUGAGCAGGAGUGUGGCUUCGUGCUGAAAAGAGCACAACAGAUUUUCUGGAGAGAAGGUGAAGGAAAGUCAGCUGAAGCAAGACAGUUUGUGGAGUUUGUGUUGGACUGUAUGUUAUGCUGGGAGCCUGGGGAUUAGUGGACUUUGAUUCCAAGUUAAUAUUAGCUAGUGUUUGUCACUGGUUUUUGGGCGGUGGAAUAAAAGGGAUUGG